CGGGGUGGACGAGCCCUGCAGCUUCUCCUGGGGUCGGGGCCCGACGGCUCGGGCCGGGACUCACCUGUCGCUCCCACACGCUUGCCCGGCUGCCCUCGCCUGCGUCGCCGCCGCGGAUCUCGCUGAGGGCCAUGGCCGGAUAUAAUUGGUGAUUACAGCUGCCCUCUAUAAGUUAAUUCUUGUCAACUCCUUGAGAUUUGAAAAGAAAAUGCCUGGUGUCAUACCUAGUGAAAGCAGUGGGCUUUCAAGAGGUAGUCCAUCCAAGAAAAACAGACUUUCUCUGAAGUUUUUUCAGAAAAAGGAAACUAAGAGAGCCUUAGAUUUCACAGAUUCUCAAGAAAAUGAAGAAAAAGCUUCUGAAUACAGAGGAUCUGAAAUUGAUCAAGUUGUUCCUGCAGCACAGUCCUCACCUAUAAACUGUGAGAAGAGAGAAAACUUGUUACCAUUUGUGGGACUGAAUAAUCUCGGCAAUACUUGUUAUCUUAAUAGUAUACUUCAGGUAUUAUAUUUUUGUCCUGGUUUUAAAUCUGGAGUAAAGCACUUAUUUAAUAUUAUUUCAAGGAAGAAAGAAGCUCUAAAGGAUGAAUCCAGUCAAAAAGAUAAGGAAAAUUGCAAAGAAGAUCCUUUGGCAAGUUACGAACUUAUAUGUAGUUUACAGUCUUUAAUAAUUUCUGUUGAACAGCUUCAAGCUAGUUUUCUCUUAAAUCCAGACAAAUAUACUGAUGAACUUGCUACUCAGCCAAGGCGACUGCUUAACACACUCAGGGAACUCAACCCUAUGUAUGAAGGAUAUCUACAGCAUGAUGCACAGGAAGUGUUACAGUGUAUUUUGGGAAACAUUCAAGAAACAUGCCAAUUUCUAAAAAAAGAAGAAAUAAACAAUAUGUCAGAGUCUACUAAGGUAGAAGAAAAUUCUCAUCAGAAAGAGGAAAUGUGUGGAAUUAACAACGUGGAGUCUGACAGCAUGAGGAAUUCUGAGGACUAUACCGAAAAAAUCCCAAAAGGGAAUGGGAAAAGAAAAAGUGACAGUGAAUUUGGUAACAUGAAGAAAAAAGUUAAAAUAUCCAAGGAAUGCCAGUCAUCGGAAGAGAACCAGAGACAAACUAGAUCAAAGAGAAAAGCUACUGGUGAUACAUUAGAGAUUCCUUCUAAGAUAAUCUCCAAGUGCAUUUCUGAAAAUGAGAGUACAAGACCCUCACAAAAGAAAUCAAGAGUUAAAAUAAAUUGGUUAAAGUCUGAAUCUAAACAACCCAGCAUUCUUUCUAAAUUCUGUAGUCUGGGAAAACUAACAACAAACCAGGGACCAAAAGGACAAUUUAAAGAAAAUGAGUAUGAUCUUGAAGAAGACUUGGGAAAAUAUGAAAGUGAUAAUACAAUUCGUGGGUGUGGACCUGAAUCUUCAGGAAAUGUUACACCUGUAAAUGACAAUGAAGUUAAGCCCAUAAACAAAGGUGCAGAGCAAAUUGGCUUUGAGCUAGUGGAGAAAUUAUUUCAAGGUCAGUUGGUAUUAAGGACUCGCUGUUUGGAAUGUGAAAGUUUAACAGAAAGAAGAGAAGAUUUCCAGGACAUCAGUGUGCCAGUACAAGAAGAUGAGCUUUCCAAAGUAGAGGAGAGUUCUGAAAUUUCUCCAGAGCCAAAAACAGAAAUGAAGACCUUGAGAUGGGCAAUUUCACAAUUUGCCUCAGUGGAGAGGAUUGUAGGAGAAGAUAAAUAUUUCUGUGAAAAUUGCCAUCAUUAUACUGAAGCAGAGCGAAGUCUUCUGUUUGAUAAAAUGCCUGAAGUUAUAACUAUUCAUCUGAAGUGCUUUGCUGCUAGUGGCUUGGAGUUUGAUUGUUAUGGUGGUGGACUUUCCAAGAUCAACACUCCUUUGUUGACACCUCUUAAAUUGUCACUGGAAGAAUGGAGCACAAAACCAACUAAUGACAGCUAUGGAUUAUUUGCGGUGGUGAUGCAUAGUGGCAUUACAAUUAGUAGUGGGCAUUACACUGCUUCUGUUAAAGUCACUGACCUUAACAGUCUAGAACUAGAUAAGGGGAAUUUUGUGGUUGACCAGAUGUGUGAAAUAGGUAAGCCAGAACCACUGAAUGAGGAGGAAGCAAGGGGUGUGGCUGAAAAUUAUGAUGAUGAAGAAGUGUCGAUUAGAGUCGGUGGAAAUACACAGCCAAGUAAAGUUUUGAACAAAAAAAAUGUGGAAGCUGUUGGACUUCUUGGAGGACAAAAGAGCAAAGCAGAUUAUGAGCUAUACAACAAAGCAUCUAAUCCUGAUAAGGUUGCUGGUGCAGCAUUUGCUGAAAAUAAAAAUUCUGAGACUAACAGUACUAAUACUAAUGGGACCCAUGAAUCUGAUAGAAACAAGGAAUCCAAUGACCAAACAGAUGUUAAUAUUAGUGGAUUUGAGAACAAAAUUUCGUAUAUAGUGCAAAGCUUAAAGGAGUAUGAGGGGAAGUGGUUGCUUUUUGAUGAUUCUGAAGUGAAAGUUACAGAAGAGAAGGACUUCCUGAAUUCUCUUUCCCCAUCUACAUCUCCUACAUCUACUCCUUACUUGCUAUUUUAUAAGAAAUUAUAGAGUGUAUUUUCCUUGUGUAUAAAACAGACCUGGACAAACAUUGGUAAAGUUGAUUACAUCAGAGUCUUUAGCUAUCUUUUGAAGCUAUUGGAUAUUGUUGGUCUCUCUAGGUUUUUAUAUAGUGAAAUUUGAAAUACUUUGAAAACCAUGUUAAUUUUUAGAAUACAGUUUCCUUAGUAGAGACUAGUGAUGCAUUAGCUUCAGGGAACAGACUUGUAUAGGUUCUUAAUUAUCCAAAAUGGAAGCAUUUAAACACUUUUGGAUAUACACCGUUCUUUUGUGUUUGCUUUUUAAAAGUGCUGUAUUUGUAUUCUCCAUAUUUUGGAGCUGUUACCUACAUGAUGUUUAUAGGUCUGUGGUUUUUCACUCAAACAGAAUCUCAUUCAGUACAUUUAGUUUUAUAAGUCAUGAAGCCAAAUCUUUGAUGGGCUGUAUCAGAGGCACAAAGUCUAGAGCAUGUAUAUUCACCAUGACAUACUUUUUGUGCCUUGAAUCACUUUGGAAAGUGUCUUGGAAAACCUGGACAGUCCCUGUCUUCAUAAGAAUUUAUAUAUGUAUUUAUGAAGAUGAUUCUGUACUCUAAUAAACUUUUUUGGGCAUGGACUAAUUUGUAUCUCUUCAUACUCAUACUCUGCACGAUCUGUAUAUACUACAUCAAACGUAGAGGUAUGACCUUAAAUUUAACUUUUUUUAAAAACUGGGAGGUCAAUAAAAUUUAAACUGCUUAACAAC